UACAACAAUCUAUUAGUCCAUAUGCCGUUGAUAACCAAGUUGACUUUUCAGUUCAACAGAAUAUUGCAAUGCUGCGAGAGAGUACAGGUGCCCUCACGGAAAUAGAGCCAAGAUACGUUAAGCAACGUUCAGACAUCUGGUUUGAAGUACGCAAACAGGCGUGUGUAACGGGUAGCACUUUGCACUCGGCCAUAGGUUUAAGAGGACUAAAAGAAAAGCAGAACCAUUUCGCAAAAUUUAUUGAAAAUGUCGAUUCUCCUAUUUCGGAAGAAAUACAAACUCGUCUUAGUCAUGGAACGAAGCAUGAAAACGAUGCUGUUGCUACAUUGGUAGGCAGAUUUUUACCUGCAUAUUAUCCAAAUGCUAUUUUUGUUGAAGAAGGGUGCUACGUUCUUCCUGCAGAUACAGCCGAUAUAUUCUGUGUUGUGUCACCUGAUGGAAGUAUUCGGGCAUCCACAAACAAUAAAGUGAUAGCUGCUGUUGAAAUAAAAUGCCCUUUUCCAUCAGAGAAGCAAACUCCUGUCCAUUAUAGUCUUCCAGAUUAUUACGUAUGCCAGUGUCUUGCUGAGAUGUGUGUAUUGAACACAGAUCGGUUACUUUAUGUUACAUACUCAGGGGAAAGCACCACAUUUUUUAAUGUCACAUUUUCACAAGAUCUAUGGGACUGUAUCUGGAAUCAGACGUUGGAAGAUUAUGAUAGAAAACAAAUUACCAAACCAACUCGAAAUGGCUCCCGAGUUAAAGAAAUCAGGAGAAAAAUAAAAGAAUUUACUCUCUCAAAUGUUGAAUUUCUUUGCGAAAUACCUUCAUGUACAGCAAUAGCAGAUAGGUUACCUACAGAGGAGACUGAAAAUAAAUUCUAUCUUCGUGCUAAGCGAGAUUUGGGAAAACAAACUCAUUGUGAAUCACAUUUCACUGAAAUAUUACACAUUCUGGACGAUGCAGUUAAGGUAAUUAAAAAUGGUUACGAUAUUCUAAGACAAAGAGCAACGGAAAUAAUGGUGUGGGUGAUUACAAAUAAGAAUAGAGACUCUUCUACACAAAUGCCUUGUUCUCUUCCAAUUGCUUAUGGUCUAAAAGACUACAAGUUGACCUCUGAUCUGAUGAGAAGCGCUACCGAUCAUGUUUUGAAAGAGUGUGCAAAACAUGGAAUUAGAGUGUUGAGUUUUGCAACAGAUGGUCAGUGGAUACAACUCAUGAAUCGUGACUCUAUGCACAAACCGUUAACUAUAUAUCAGUUUCAGAAAGACUUUUGGGAAAGUACUAAACAUUUGUCAAAGAAUGAACUGGUGAAAAAAAUAACUGAAAUCAACAAAAGUGAUCCCGAAUGUCCACUGGAAGACAAAUGUAUCAAGCAAAGACAAGAUGGAGUUCUUGAAGUGUCUACAGUUGCAAAUUCUUUUUCUGACAUUGCAACUCCUGUCGACAGAAGGGUAUGGUGUAAGAGCAAGGAUACAAUGGACGUCAAUAACUCUGAAAAAGAUUUAACAUCCGUAGAUCAGAACUGGCUUCCAGAUUCGGUUGUUAAUGAACUAAAUACUGAAGAAAAUGACAUUGUCCGAUCUAUCAUCACAGAAGUAUCCAAUGAAUUCAGAUGUUCUGAGACCACAUAUGAAAAAACUCACAUAGGUUUAGAUGAAACAAACAGAUCAGAAAUUGAAGUGGAUUUUGCUAUGAAUGAGACAGGCAUAACAAGCUCACAGGCUUCCAAUGAUAAAGAAUGCGAUACAAAAGAAAGUGGUAGAAAACCAGAAUCAGUGCAAAGAAUUAAGGCUGAUGAGACGCUAUUUUCGUUUAUCCUUGAAGCACUCAAAACUGAUCAAAGUACUCUAAAACGAUGGGAGCAACGUUCUACCGAUCAUUUAAAGAAAUAUAUUUGCUCUGUGACAGCACUUUGGGAGCUCACACAUACAGAUCUCAAUGUUAUUUACAAGUCAAUUGAGCAUAGAGUUCCAAAAACAUUCAAGAAAUUUGGAAAGUCUUGGAAAAAAAAUCUCAAAGUUGAUUAUCUAGCUGAACUUUUUGGAUUGAUCACUGUACCUACUCAAAACUCCAGAGUACUUCGACUAAAAAGUCCAAGCUCUCUUAAACAACUUUCGACCAAGGUUAUUCAGUCGAAACGAUACCCAAAACUUGCUUUAAGAUCUGCUUAUGCAAAGUAUUUAUUCCCCUUUGCUUUGUUGGAAUGGCAAUCGGAGAAACCAUUUUCAAGUCCGAUGCAAGUUGAGGGAAUAGCAGAAACAAUUCCAUUCUGGUUUUCAUAUCCAGAAAACAAUACUGCAAGUGGAAGUUUACUUUGCAAAAGCAUCGAUUGCUCACAUAACCUUACCCAUCUGAGAGUUCGCACAAGUACAGUUGGUUUCUGUGGAAUAUCAUCGCAAGCCUGGAGAGAAUGCGCAAAAUCAAACGAAACAUCUUUAACAUUGCCAUUCGUCGAAGAUCUAAUUGAUAAGCAGAGCGUUCCGAACGCCCGCACGCACUUUUCUGAAGAGGUGGAAACCUGGAUGAACGAUCACGGAUUUAGCGACUCUGCUGCAUUGACAAAAAUAGUAAGAGAAUGGUAUGAUGCCUGUGAUACGCCGGGUAUCUCUGCGAUUGAACGUAUUGGAAAACUUCUUGCAAUGAGAAAAUUAUUAUUAAAAGAUGUAGAUUUCUCUUGUUUUCCACCACAUGGCCGCUACUUAAAUGGCACACCAGCAGUCACAUUUGAAGGAAUGUUAAUUGACAUUGAUACUAAAAUUCAAAUGCACAAUUUAACCAACUCGUUUAAUAUAAGAUCUAUUGGCAGUCUUGCUGCGGAAACGACUGUCGGUAUAUUACAGUCAUUGUAUCCAACUUCUCAAGUCUCUAUUAAAGCAAGGGAUGUGCCAUCACUAAUGUCCAGUGUUGUGGAUGUUAUGUCCUGUAAAAGCAAUCCAAACAGGGGCUUUCACAUGAGAACUAGUCGCACAAGUGGGAUAUAUCCUUCAUAUGAUGCCGAUUCUUCAGAAGCACAAGAACGUCAAACAAUAGAUUCAAUAAACAAGACAACAAUUGUGCCAAGAGAUCAUGCUUUUGACCUUCCGAGGAAAAAAACCUGCAAACGAAACAUUAAAUUUGGAAAAGUAUCAGGUCCGCAAGCUCCCUCCCGUGGUGCUCUGCCAGUACGUCAAUAUCACAAAACAGACGAAUCAAAGAUUUUACCUACAAAACGUCUUGGUAUCGAAAUAUAGAACUGUGGAACAUCAAGACGUCAAAUAUGGAAAUAAAGACAUGCAUAUGACAUUUGUUUUUACAUGUUCAUGUAAUGACUGUAAGAAAUAGACAAUUUUAUGCAGUAUACCAUAAAAAAUAAAGA